UAUUGUAUUACUUUAAUAUUUUUAAAAAGAAAUGUUCAUUGGUAGCUUUGUCUGUAUUCUAUUUUUAAAUCUGUAGUUUUUUAUAUCUUAAAGAUGAAAUCACGAGCUCAUAUGUUACUAGAGAAAGAAUUCGUGAAAUUGCAGAAACAACCGAUUUGGGGUAUAUCUGCUCAACCGCUGAAUGACGAUGACUUCUUUAUUUGGGAAGCAAAAGUGAAUGGUUUGAAAGACACAUUGUGGGAAGAAGGGGUAUUCAAGUUGUAUUUGAAAUUCUCUAAAUCAUACAACAUUUAUCCCCCAGAAGUAUCCUUCAUCACAAUCCCAUACCAUCCGAACGUUGAUCCUUCGACUGGCAAGCCUUGUGUAGAUUUUUUGGAUAAUGCUGGCAUAUGGCAAGAUUCUUUUAAUGUUGGUUAUAUUUUGCUGAGUAUACAGGCGUUGCUGGCGAAUCCGGUGUUGAAAAAUGCUGUGAACAAAGAGGCAGCAUUUAUGUUUUGCAACAAGAUUGAAAAGUAUCGUGAAAUAGUGAUGAAUUGUGUUCUGGCAAGCAAGAGACUGGAUGCUAAACUUCAUCUCAAUACAACCGAAGAAGAUGAAAGUCCUAUCGUAGAAUUAACGGAUGAGUUAGAAGAGCAAAAGCCGCAAAAGAACUUUCUUCGUUCGAGCAAAGUCUCGUUUGGAGACUACUUGAAGUUAUGGAAGGGAAUCGCAACAUCAAAUCCUUCCGACUCGCCAGUGAAUGCGUUAAACGAGUACUUAAAAACAGACAAUAAACUCCAGAAGGCUCAUUUUGAGCUAUCGAAAGCCGACGUUGAGAAGGAAAUACGAAUUCAGCUGGCAGAACAUAGGAAAUUGAUGUAUGGGACUUUGGCUUGUAAAAAUGAAAAAUAUGCUGAUUCGGUUGAUAGUCCCAGAUCAUUGCCUACACGAGUUAAUAUGCUUAGGCAUGUUUACAUUGGAAAACCGAAUACAACAGAGCCAAAUACACCUGAACCACCAUCACUUAGGGACGACCUGGUUGAUCUUGAUAAAGAAGCAAUUGACUUAGUUAACUGGAGCAGGAGUUUGUCAACUGAACAAACGUAUGAUUAAGAAAAGAACAAUUAAAUGAAUACAGGCCUGUGCAUUGUGAUGAUCAUAGUCAGCGUACGAGGCCUGCGUGCGUGCUGCUGUAAAAUCCUUGCCCGUUUUAAAAACCUUGCACUCUGUUUUGCUUGCAAGCUUACCAUUGGUUUAUGGACAUGCAUAUAAUUCAACAUAUCGAAACAGAAAAUAAUAUGCGAUCAUGUGGACGCAGUCUGGACUUGCAGUUAUCCGUCAACCCAAACUUUUAUGUAUACGUUUGUGUUAACUGUUUCCACGCAUCAACCAUCAUCCAUAAAUACAGUAUGGGGAGAAAGUCACAAAAACCUUUUAGACUGGGAAGAAUAAGUUGAAUAUAUAGGAAGCUCUAUAUUGGGUAUUGUUUCACAGCCAUUAAUUCAUCUGUUAUUAAUUUUAAAAACGGCGUAAGUUUAAUAUAUUACCACAAUUCGGAUGCAGAAAUUGAGAAGAAAAUCGGGGCUGAAAUGCUCUGAAAAGGGUAGAGAGUUUAAGUGAAGUUUAAGUAACUCUGUUAGUUUCUCAAAUUACUGAAUUGAUUGAAACAACAAAAAAUUAGCGGUUACACGUUAUAAUGUUAUGCACAGCAGGUCAUGUCCUUCUUAGGAGUAGACAAUUCUCCCAUAGAACCCCAUAAGAUAGAUAACUAGGAGGUAGGCGGCGCCAGAAAGUUUAAUGAGCUGGUCAAUCUGUCAAAAAAAUUGUAUAAAAAGGUAUGGUAGGCCUGUAGAACUGGUAUUUAGCAAGGCAAGACGCCUUAGGAAAAACUAAGACAUGGUUGGUUACAUGACUUAUAUCUUUAGGAAAAACUUAUCUUUAGGAAAAAUUUAAUCAUAUUUAAGCUUCAACGUCGCUCACGAAAUGGAAUGCAGCUCUUUCAGACCAUGUUAAAGUAAAUGAUUGCACGGAGGGAUGCCUUAUUUUUUCAACGUUGAAGUAAGAAAUUACAAGUUUAGAGUGUCGAACUCAUACAUCCAAUCGAACCUAUUCUACUGUGACUGCGGUUUUAUAUGUGACGUAAUGGAAAUGAUGACUGUAUUUGACGUCCAGUUGUAAAAGUCAUGCAAUCAUUAAAUAAAUAAAUAACGUGUAUUGCUAAACCUUUCGAUAAAUUCCUAAUCGAUUAAUUCGAUUUGGCAUGAACUUUUAAUAGAUUCAUCUUUCCCAGCAUUCAGUAAAGGGCAGAAGCUAAUAAAGAAUUUUAUCCCCGCACUGACAAAUCGAAAACAAAGAAUCAUACAUUAUAGUUAUCCUAAAUUUUCCUUCCUUCAUUUCCAUUUUGCUAUCUACUUUAUAUCAGGAGCGAUAAAGGCGUCUUACAAUUACCAAUUAAGAUUCUUUUUUUUUAUCCUCCUUCCGUCGAAAGAGAUGAAACAAAAAAAACUUUAAACGCAACUAGAUGGAGCAAUUUUAUUGUUCUAGAUACUUGUCAUCUUAUGAUAUAAAGCAAUUUACAAAGACUUUCAUAACCGUUUCCGUAAAUUAUUUGCAAAGUAUAGUUGUUGUAAUAUGGAGAAUGCAUGAUUAUCAUGUCGUUUUCAAAUACUUUUGGUUGAAAUAUAUUUUCAAUGUUUAAUAUAAUUAAGACAUCGCAACUACAUGCACGUAUUCAUGCAAAUACAGUUUCUCCUCUUAUUCAAUCUGAUAUAACUUGCCACUCGAUCAGAAGUCGUCAAUAGACGUUCAA